CUUUUUCAUAGUUUAUUGAUCGCAUCGGUCUACGUCGACUAGUUGUCGUUGAGAGACCAUUUUCUUCUCCGACGCAUCUCCUCCGCCGUCGCCGGCGUUCUCUCUCUCUCUCUCUCUAAUCGAACCUUGGAGAACAAUGGGUCGUCGACAACGCGCGCUCCUCGUUCGCACCCUCCUCUUCCUCUUCGCCCUCAACACAGUCUCCGUCGUACUCUACUUCCUCCUCCACCCCCGUCCCCACCCAUCCACACCCCUCCUCCAAACCCUAGAAACCCUAACAACCGCCCCCCCUCCCCCCCGCUCCUCCUCCUCCCUUAAACCCUGGCCCUCCCUCCCUUCCUUUCUCCCAUGGCGCCCCUCUCCUCCCCUUCCCGUGCGCUCCUGCGAGGCCUACUUCGGCCAUGGCUUCUCCCGCCGCGUCGACGUCUUCGCCCGAGGCGACGGCGGCGGCGGCGGAUGGUUCCGGUGCCACCACAGCAAGACCUUGUCCAGCUCGAUCUGUGAGGGCGGGGGUCUGAGGAUGGAUCCGACCAGAAUCCUGAUGUCGGAGGGUGGGGAGAGGCUGGAUAAGGUGAUAGGGCGCGGCGAGGAGGACGAGCUCCCCAAGUACGAGCCCGGGGCGUUCCGGAUCGAGCGAGGGGAGGGAGGGGAUGCGGCGGCCCCCGCAGAUGGUAGGCUCGUUGAUGAGGCGUUUCUCGAUCUAUACAUACCGAAAGGGGCGAUUCAGAUGCACACGAUGCGGGCGCUCGUGGAAUCCGUGCGAGUAGUUGGCCGCGGCGAGCUCGAAUGCUCUCAGUGGAUUGAUGAACCAACCCUUUUGGUGACUCGUUUUGAAUAUGCAAACCUUUUCCACACAGUAACUGAUUGGUAUAACGCCUAUGUCAGUUCUAGAGUUGCAGACUUACCUGGACGGCCUAAUUUGGUGUUUAUUGAUGGGCAUUGCAAGGCCCCAUUGGAAGAGACUUGGGAAGCACUCUUUUCAAGCGUUAGAUAUGCCAAAAACUUCUCUGGUCCCGUCUGUUUUCGUCAUGCCAUCCUUUCUCCCUUAGGUUACGAGACUGCUCUCUUUAAAGGCCUAACAGAGAGCUUCAGCUGUCAAGGUGCCUCAGCCGACACCCUCCGGCAAAAUCCAAAUUAUCAGAAAACAGCUAGAUUAUCUGAAUUUGGUGAGAUGCUCAUAGCAGCAUUUGGCCUUUUAGAAAACCGAGAGUUACCAAUGAAAAAGAUAUCAAAAGUGCAAAAUGUUCUCUUUAUACGCCGUGAAGAUUACUUAGCCCACCCACGCCAUAGUGGGAAGGUCGAGUCCCGGCUAAGUAAUGAGCAGGAAGUUUUUGAUGCAACCAAGAAUUGGGCAAAGGACCAGAAGAAAUGCAGAAUAAAUGUUGUAAAUGGUCUUUUUGCUCACAUGCAUAUGAAGGAGCAGCUUCUUGCUGUCCGAGAAGCUUCCGUUGUGAUAGGAGCUCAUGGAGCUGGGCUAACUCACUUGGUGGUGGCGACUCCGGAUACGAUAGUCCUUGAGAUCAUCAGUAGCAUGUAUAGGCGCCCGCACUUUUCUUUGAUCUCGCAGUGGAAGGGUUUAGAGUAUCAUGCUAUCAAUCUUGCCGGAUCAUAUGCGAGGCCUGAUGAGGUUGUUGCUGAGCUGAGCAGAAUAAUGGAAAGCCUUGGAUGCUAAAAAGAAAAGAGGAAGUGCCACCUUCUUAUCAAGCAUGGAAAAAUUUGAUAUGGCACAGAGUUUGUAAGCUAAAACUAAAGUCCGAUUUGUCUAUUCUGGAAACUCAUACUUUGACUACGUGCUCAUUGGAUAGGAAAACUUUGCAUGUUGCAUGCCGAGUGACAUAGAUUUUUGGUGACUAUUUCAGUCUAAGAACAGGAGACCACCGCAUAAUCAGGUAUACUGAAGUAGGGAGGUUUUCGGAACUGCCCUAAUUUAUACAUUCUGCAAUGCAGAAGGUUGAGUUUAUGCUGGUGGAGAAAAACUCUUUUAUUGUUUCUUUUAUGGGAGAUAGUUGGUACCCAUGGUAAUAGCAUGAUAGCAGCUGUCCAAUCUAAGGGAAUUAUAGAUUGUUUAUUUGUUGAGACACUGUAGAUAAAGAGAAGCACUUGUUUUGUCAAUAUUUUUUAUUUGUGUUUGAUGUCGAAGGCAGUGAUUUCAUACGUCUACUGUUUUCAGCUAUCCUCUUGAUUAUUUGAAUUAUUAUUAUUUGCUUGCUGA